CUCAGUCGUGUUCUGCCCGGCGAACGGAGAGGACUGUGAGUGCACGUGCGGUGCUCGAGAACCACUGCUCAGCUGCUUCCUUGUCCAGUGUGAACUGCUCCAACUCGACGCCGCGGAGGCCCAGUGCUCGUGUCAAAAACAGUGCUUUGCGUGACUCGUGGUGCAGCCCAGCCGGCGACCAGCCCAACCCCGACACCCCCACCGGCCGGACGCGACGCCUGUCCGAAUAAAGGUAUGACUUAUGACCGCGAGGCAAACUAAUUAUUGUGAUUGAACCACCACACCGCCAUUAGUUACAGCAAUUUUUCAACCGCCUGACGGCACAGAAAUUUCUCAGCGUUGGAGUCGAAUUUCCGAGCCCGUCUAAGCCCUGCCGGCGCGGAAAACAUUCAGCGCCGUUUGAGCGACGAGCGUGCUAGAACAGGUGUCUGUUAACUCACGAAAUGGUGAAACGCUUUCUCAACAUCUGCGAGUCCCUCACUUCAGGUGGUGAUUGCUAAUCAGCCCCGAGUGCGUCUGCCACCCUCACCACCCAUCCGCUUCUUUCGAUUUGUUCUCUCUCCGUCCGUGCAGAAAAAACAGACAAUGAAACUAAACCCAGUGAUUUUUGUCGCGCUGUGCGCAUUCAUUACGACGGUGCACGCGGCCACUGCCCCAGCCGCGCCUGCAAUUUCAACCAUUCCGCUGGAGGAGGACGAGCCGGUGGUCAUCGAACAAGAUCACGUACGCGAAUUCAGCUGCGGCAAGAUGUACUACCGCACCUUCUAUCUGGACGAGAAGCGCGACACUCUCUACAUCGGCGCCAUGGACCGCGUCUUUAAGCUGAACUUGAGCAACAUCAGCCACUCCAAUUGCGAGCGUGACUCUCUACAACUGGAGCCGGGCCAAGUGACCAGCUGCGUGGCCAAAGGCAAAUCAGAGGCGUUCGACUGUCACAACCACAUCCGCGUGAUCCAGCCAAUGGGCGACGGCUCGCGGCUCUACGUUUGCGGCACACACGCCCACAACCCCAAGGACUGGGUGAUCUACUCAAACCUGACGCUUCUGUCACGCAACGACCACGUGCCCGGCAUCGGUCAGGCCGCUGCCAAGUGUCCGUACGAUCCGCACGACAACGCAACCGCCGUGUGGGUCGAGAAGGGCAACCCUGGAAACCUGCCCGGCCUGUACAGCGGCACCAACGCCGAGUUCACCAAGGCGGACACCGUCAUCUUCCGGACGGACCUGUACAACAUGACCACCCGCACACCGCAGUACAACUACAGGAGGUCCUUCAAAUACGACUCCAAGGCGCUUGACAAGCCUAAUUUCGUCGGAUCGUACGACAUAGGCAACUACGUCUACUUCUUCUUCCGCGAGACUGCAGUCGAGUACAUCAACUGCGGCAAGAUGAUCUACUCCAGGGUGGCCAGGGUGUGCAAGAACGACAACGGAGGAAAAACUAUCCUUACCCAAAACUGGGCCACCUAUUUGAAGGCCCGACUGAAUUGUUCCAUCCCCGGAGAGUUCCCGUUCUAUUUCAACGAAAUCCAGAGCAUUUACAAAGUGCCUGGUGACGAUGAAAAGUUCUACGCAACCUUCACCACGUCAAUGAACGGUCUGGUGGGAUCUGCCAUUUGCACCUUUACCAUCGACGACAUCCAGGCGGCUUUCAGCGGCAAAUUCAAGGAGCAAGCAUCGAGCAGCUCUGCGUGGCUGCCAGUCCUUAGCAACAAAGUGCCUGAGCCUCGCCCAGGCGAGUGUGUCAAUGACACCAAAACUCUUCCAGAUUCCGUAUUGAGUUUCAUCCGCCUCCACCCACUCAUGGACUCGGCAGUCAGACACGAAAAUGAAAAACCAGUCUUCUACAAGCGCGACUUGGUGUUCUCGCGCCUUGUGGUAGACAAAGUCAAGGUGGUCACCUACGGCAAUGAGCAAGAAUACACCAUCUACUACGCUGGAACAAUCGACGGAAAGGUGCUCAAAAUCGUCCAGUGGUAUGACACCAAUGGCCAGUCAGCCUCCAGUCUUUUGGACGUGUUGGAGUUGACUCCUGGCGAGCCAAUCAGAGUCAUGGAAAUCUCGCAGAAGCACAAAUCUCUAUACGUGGCGUCGGACAACCGAGUGCGCCAGUUGGACCUGGUCAUGUGCAACAGGCGCUACGACAACUGCCUCCGCUGUGUGCACGACCCGUACUGCGGCUGGGACAAGGAAACAAGUUCCUGCAGGCCUUUCGUCAAAGGGCUGUUGCAAGACGUGUCCAACAGCUCGGUCAGCAUCUGCGAGACGAGCAUUUCGAAGAAGAAGAUGGUGGUGACCUGGGGCCAGAGUGUGCACCUGGGCUGCUUCGCCAAGAUGCCGGAGGUGCUUUCCAGCCAGACCGUCAUCUGGUAUCACCACAGCAAGGACAAGGGCCGCUACCAAAUCACCUUCCGCCCCGACAAGUACAUCGAGACCUCGGAGCACGGGCUCGUCAUCAUCGGCGUGAGGGAGGCCGACUCCGGCAGGUACGACUGCUUCCUCGGCGGCUCUCUGCUCUGCAGCUACAACAUCACCGUCGACGCCCACCGAUGCAGCGCACCAAACAAGUCCCAGGACUACCAGAAGGUCUACUCGGACUGGUGCCACGAGUUCGAGAAGUACAAGCAGGCCAUGAAAAACUGGGAGAAAAAACAGGAACAAUGCAGCUCAAGAUCAAACGACAGCAGCAACCAGAACGCCCAUCCAAAUGAAAUCUCGAUGAGGUCGUCCCGACCCCUGGUCUGAUUUGGUCAGCCGCAUCAAUAAGACUCGAACCUGAUUUCAACCAUAGUUCCGUAGUUCAUCUUUAAAGGAACAGUCACUUUUGAGUGCGUCAGAGAGAUGGAGCGUCUAUUUGUUGCCGUGUGAAUCUGUCUACUGAGAGCUAGCAAAAUCAGUUGAUUGCUCGCCGCUCGGCUGCUGAAAUAAGAAGAUUCCACUCGUCCGGGGCGCAGCAAGCGGAGAGUGUUUCUGUGAUAUUCUAACCUUCUUAUGCAACAAAAACUUAGUAUUUAUUAUAAUGCUACCACUGAGGCCGAUCGAGCUACAAAAUGUGAAUUGACAAAGGUUAAAAGAAAAAUAAUAUGCCAGUUAAUCAAAAUUUAAUGAUGUAGACACGAGAUGCUUCUGGUUAUUUUGAUCCUAAUCUGGCUGGUCUGUGAUGACUGAGAGAGACACUUUUCGUAGAGAAUUAUCGGCGGAACCUCAUUUUUGAUAAGAGAAGGACAUCAGUGAUGCAAUUGCUAAUAUAAAUGUAACGAGAGAUGGACCUAUAUAUAAUUGUGUACUUUUGUUGAGAUCAAUAUGAAGUGUGUAUAAAUGGAGAUAAUAUUUUGUGUGUGUAGUGGCCAAGUGACUGUAAACUUGAGUUUUGAGCCGCAAUUUGACGUCCAUUGCGCGAUUCGAGUGAGAUCGGGCAAGUUCUCCCUUCGGUGCGGCGCUAUAAACCGGGACAAUCCUCAAGCCGACGCGCCCGCACCGACAGACACCACCUGCCAAGAUCAAACAAACACACUGCAGCCAAUCUGUUGUACAUUGCAAGUGCGUAGGAAUGCAUUCUCGCAAAAAGAAAGUAACAAAACCGUGUACAUUACUCUGUAAGUUAAAACGAUGAUUAUUUAGACUCUUCGCUACACAAUAAGAUGAUGAUGAUGAUGGCUUUUCAUCUCUACUUAAACUUUAAGAGCUUGUUACAUUAUCAAAAUCUUUCAAACUAAAUGUGUAAAAAUUAAAAAGAACAGAUGAAAUUAAGGCAGAGGGCUCGAGACCGAAAUUGAUUCAUCCUUGUGAGAGAGAGAGAGUGUUGUGUAAAUAUUAAACUGUGCGAGGCGAAAAGAGGUAGAAACAUGCUAACUCCGUAUACAUGACAGAAAAUUAAAAUGUAUGUUCACCACUGCAAUAAACACAGCGGAGCAAAUUUCCUUAUUAUGUUAGUAAGAAGAAUGUAGAGCAAAAAAUUCAAGUGUAUCUGCAAAGAGCGCAUUAUUUUUUAGGUUCGAUGCCUGACAAGUAAAAAUUUUAUUACUUGAGAUUUGUGGAUAUUGGAAAAUAGCUGAAAAUUUUGUGAAUCAUGAAAUAAAAAUAAGCAAGAAUAAGAUAUAGA